AUGGCCCAGUCGCUCAAUUCGCAGCGGAUAUCCGCCGUCUUCCAGGCCCGGCCAGACAUCAUCGCCAGCAUCAAGCAAGCUGCAGACUCUCCCAGCCGGAUUGCCCUGUUCAACAACAUCGCCGACCACGUCUACGAACGAUUGCAGGAAAACGGAGAGCCAGCGCAAAAGAAGCGGAAAGUCGGCGCAGAGCAGCAAGCAAAUGGCAGUCCCAGCAGUCAAGCGACCCUGUCCAAUGCAGCAGAUGAAGAUGUCCUUUUAGAGGUCAAGGAGAUUUCCGUCGUUGUCCCGCAGAGGAAAAAGCUCGAAAUCUGCUUCACUGCAAACCACUUAUAUGCCAGGGCCCCUGGAACGACAGCUCCUCUUCCGGGCAUUAGCUAUGCAUGGAGAGAUAUUGAAUAUGCCUUCUUUCUCCCCGUCCCUGACAAGGCUCAGGUUCAACACAACUACGUCAUAUUCCCUAAAGGAACUUGUCUGCCCUCCAAGGCAGGUAACCCGCCUUCCGCGGAGCCAUUCGUCUUCACAGUCCCCAUCACCGCCCCAAAGCAAGGAACGGUUGGAGGGUCGGAGGCAGGGGCUGCGGCUGCAGUAUCAGACACAUACAAGUCUCUGUUCCACUGGGCCCUGAGCACCCGAUUACAGGCGGCAGGUAACGGUGUCAAGAUCGUCUCUGCCGACCCCAACAAGUUUCGCAGCAUGGUGCGCCAGCCCCAUCGACCCAAUGAAACGGCAGUUCAUGUCAGCGGUUUCAGGGGCUCAAAGGACGGCUUUCUUUUCUUCCUCGAGAACGGCAUCUUGUGGGGAUUCAAGAAGCCGCUCAUCUUCAUUCCAAUCAACCGCAUUGCUGCAAUCAGCUACACCAACAUCCUUCAAAUUACGUUCAACAUUCUAGUCGAAGUCUUCACCGACGAGGAGGGCAACACAGAGGAGCUGGAGUUUGGCAUGCUGGACCAGCAAGAUUACGGCGGCAUCGAUGAGUAUGUCAAGAUGAACGGCCUUCAAGACAGGAGCAUGGCUGAGCAGAGGAAGGCAAAGCUGCAGCUGGCCGAAAACAAGGGCCCCAAGAAGAAGGACGGGGAAGCCGAAAAUGGCGAAGCUGGGGCCGUCGAGGGAGAAGGAGAUGGCAUGACGGAGCUGGAGCGCGCACAGCAUGAAGCUGAGCAGCAGUUACAAGAUGAAGAGGACGAAGACGAAGAAGACUAUGACCCCGGCAGUGAGGGCGAUAGCGAAGGAUCGGGCUCUAGCGAUGAUGAUGAUGACGACGACGAUGACGACGAUGAAGAUGAUGACGAAGACGAUGAGGAGGAAGGCGAGGGAGAAAACGAAGGCGAGCCCGAAGAAGAAGAAGAAAAGAUCAAGGAGGAACCGCCCAAGCCUCCAGCCGCAAAAGAAGUCAAAACGGAGACACCCAACGUGCCUGUUCGAAGCGGCUGGGCGGCUUUCACUUCCAGACCAGCAGCCCCUGACGUGGACAUGGCCGAGGGUGAUGACGAAAAGUUUGAUGUGGUGGGAUGA